UUAAUUUUUAAAGUUCGGAGUCUGGAUAAACUCAUAAAAAGUUUCGAAGACAGCUGACAGAUUUCAUUUUUUGUUUUAUUGGAGUCAAAAAUGAAGCACAGAACGUUUUUGGCGUUUUAACAGAGCCUUUCAUUAAGCAGUGGAUCUAUCAUCUGUGUUUUCAGCGAAAUUACUGUACCAGACGUGUGUCUGUGUGAGAUCCGAUUUUUAGUUUCUUUUAUUAGUUUUAUACGGUGUUUCCUGUCGCUUGUUACUUGGCGGAAGACUAUGAAGAGUGAUGGAAAUUCAGACACAGGAGAAGAAAUCCAAGCGACAAAAGCGGAAUCAUUUUGAACCUGAAACGUUUAUUGCCGCAGAGGAAGACGCCGCCGUGGAAGACCGGUUGAAUGUUGACGGUAACAAUGAGUGUGAGAAGGCUCCUCGAAGCGAGUUCCACGAUAAAACCGAAGAAUUUAACCUGGCAGCCAUAGCUCAACUGAGAGCGGACGAUCUAUCGCAGAAACGAUCUAAGAAGAAGCGAACAAGAGAUCACGAAGAAAAGGAAUCUUCGAGUGACGAUGCUGUUGAAGAAUCGAGUAAAUUACCGAAAAGUAUUUUGAAAAAUUCCACGACCGCUGUCGCAAGUGAUGCCGAAGAAGAUGUUGAUGCAUUCGAAGUUGGCCACGAUAUUACGGAGCCUACGAAGAAGAUAAAAAAACCGAAAAAGACUAAGGAAGAAAAGCUGAAAGCUAAGCAAGCCAUCGACAGCUCAGCUGUUCCAGCUGAAGCGCAUGUUGCGCUACAGUAUUUGCGGAGCUGGAAAAAUGAUCGGUCCUCGUGGAAAUUUCAGAAAGUCCGACAGAUUUGGCUACUAAGAAACUGGAAAAAUUCUGAACUGUUGCCGGAUGAUGAUUUCACAAUUUUUCUGGAGUAUAUUGCUCCGCUGCAAGGCGGGAAUCGGAAUAAAACAGCGGAAGAGGCCAAAGCUGUUGUGGAUGAGCAUGAAGCGACAGAAUCUUAUGGCGCCGAUCAUGUUAAAAGGCAGGCGGUUUAUGAUAGGGCAAGCAAGGUUCUAGAUGCGCUGUCUUCAUGAAAUUUUUUGAAUGUCCUGCAUUUAUGAUGCAGAAGGUUCUUGCCUUUUCGGUUUCUUUGAGCUUGACAGGAUGGGAAUUUAAUGCAUUAAGAAACGUAAACUUCCGAAUGUGGAAUCUUUCUGCGGUCUUCCUCGUGUGACUUCUCUAAUCAGCGCAUUGUAACUUUUUAAAUUUUUUUAAAUACAAUAUAAAAUAUUGGUGGAAAACAUAAGACUACUGAUUAAAAACUGAAAGGC